GACAAAGCAGUUCCAAUUCCAGACAAGAUGAAUGAAUGGGCGCCUCGGCCUCCUCCAGAGUUUGUCCGAGAUGUCAUGGGUUCCAGUGCCGGGGCUGGCAGUGGAGAGUUCCACGUGUAUAGGCACCUACGGCGGAGAGAGUACCAGAGGCAGGACUACAUGGAUGCCAUGGCUGAGAAGCAAAAACUGGAUGCAGAGUUUCAGAAGAGACUAGAAAAGAAUAAAAUUGCUGCAGAGGAGCAGACUGCAAAGCGCCGGAAAAAGCGCCAGAAGUUAAAAGAGAAGAAGUUAAUGGCAAAGAAGAUGAAACUUGAACAGAAGAAACAGAAAGAAGAAUGCAAUCAGAGCCAAGAACAGCAUGCCACCAGUUCUGAGGAGACAUCUGGAACAGAGGAGGAGGAAGAGGAGUCCAGUGUCAUCAUGGGGCGAUGAGGAUGUGAGCCCAUUUUUUGACCAACCUUGGAAAAGAAAAGAGGCAGUGGCCCAGCUGCCAGACUGGCUCCUGCAUCCCUGCUUGCCUAGGGAGCAGGGGGACCAUCCCCUAGACAUUUGCAGAUUGCCUACUAUGUCCUGCCUUGCUGCUCUUGCUAAAGGGGAAUGCCUCACCUUCCCCCGGUGUUUGUUCCCUUCUGCUUGAACAGUGAUGAGCUCUGGGCUGGUUUCUGUGAUGGGAAUAUUUAUCUAGUAAAGAGCAGAAAACCUGUAGGUUUUGUCCACACAUGCAAGAUGUUAAUUACCAAAGCCUCAGAGAAACCAUGAAAUGACAGAGACUGGGCCUUGAGGUUUGGCAGGUCCUCUUUUGCAGACCUCCUUCCAGAUCUACCCAGACACAUGGUCUUGGCCCUGGGAAAGGCCUGCACUUUGGGUGCCCAGCCCUGUCCCUUUGUGGAGCAGCAGACUUCAGCACUGAAGAACUGUGCCUGCCCAGCAGCUCCCAAAAUGUUUGUGAGCCAACCAGGGCCCUCAGUAGGAGGCUGGGCAGAAGAGAGGCCCCAGGAAGAAACAGGUGAUGGAUAAAAAGCAGGGAGUGACCAGAGAGAUGAGGGAGAUGAGACAGGUAUCGGCCAAAAGCCUUCCUCUCAUCCUUAAGUCAGAGGAGAUCUAAGCUGAGGAGGACUGGAGAGGGUGGGGCUCUUAGAGAUGGGAAACCCUCCUGUCACCAGGGUUUGGAGGCAGCCAGUUCUCCCACUGAGUGUCCUUGAGUGACUAUGGUCCAGACCUGCUGUGUAUACUGGUUCAGAAUGCACCAGCACCUGUCAGGGAGAAGGGGGGUGACCCAGGACCGCCUUGGUCCUCAGCCAUCAGGCCAGUGGGGCAAUGGACAGUUUUUGUAGAGCCCUGGCUCUGUGUCUGGACUGUCUGAGUAAAAGGGAGAUUAAGAAU